AUGCAAGGAGAGACAAAUCGUAUGUGGGCGAGUGCCUCUUUUGUCGGUGUCCUCAUCAUCAUAGGUCUACCGCUGUGGUGGAAAACUACAGAAGUUUACAGAGUGGCGUUGCCGUACGAUAGAAUCAACGCAUUCAACACAGAAUCCCACUAUAUAACAACUGAGCUGACGGUACUCGCCAAUGAUGAGAAGACUGCAGCGGACGUGGCAGAACAAAUUGAGAAAGAAUUUAAACAAUAUGAUGUAAUAAAACUCAAAAUCACUCGUCAAGUGAUACCAGCUAAACUCCAAAAUGCCCUCGACUCAGUGGCAGAAGAACAAGAGGCACUCGAAGAAGUGAGUAAUGGGUUCGAUAUGAAGAAACAUAACACGUUCUAUGUGGUUCAACGGAAGCCAUUGUUUCAAGAUGUCUGGGUUGGCGGUGAAAGGGUUGCUUUCUUUAGGGAUGCUAAAGCGGUACCCACAUUAAUCCACGCUCUAAAAGAAUGGAUAUAUCAGCCGUCAGUAUUGGCCGGGUCCAGGUCUGAGAUAGCGGAUGCUGCGAGACAGAUCAGGUUUCCGACGGAGCCCGCCUUCCACGUGGUGCUGUCGGUUGUGCAUCCAACUCCUCACUUGAUGAAGGUGGACUUUGAUGCUCGGGAGGCGGUGGAUGAUUACAUAGGAUCUUUUGUAGACGAAAUCUCCGAGCUUCACAACUUCACCCUCAAGUCUCAAUGGCUGCAUCUUCUAGAUUUUAAUUUUGAAGCCAAAGAAAAGAAUGGUGCGUGGUGGGUGCAGGCGGACCGCCUGCCACUGCUGCUGACGCGGCUGGAGGCGCGCGCCGCCACGCACGUGUCGGAGCGCGCCACCAUCAACCUGGCGCUGUACGUCGCGCCCUGCGCCGUCUCGCCGCUCGUUAUACACGAUGUUAAUAAAAUAGAAUCCGCCGUCCAAGCCUUCAUGUCGCCUAAAUGGGGAGGCGUCGUGUUUGGAAACCCCACUAAAGAGGAUUGUGAGCAGAAGACUUACAAGCCUAAUGUUAACUUAGUAAUGGGCAUUUUCAUAUCACAGCUCAGGAAGCUGUUGGGGAUUACUGAUAAGGAGCAUAUCAAUGGCGCCCACCUGGAACCGCUGCGUUCGGUGUCGCCGCGCGCCUGGGAGCUGGACGCGCUGCUCCGCAUCAGGACCCUGGAGCAGGUGUCCUCGGCUGAGAGGAGCUUGAAGUCGCUGGCCAAGUUGCUUGGUGAAAUAUCAAACAUAGUGAUAAACGACGAAGUGGGCGCGUCCAUCUCGCAAGCAGUGCACAGCAUAGAGCGCGGCACGCGGCUGCUGCAGGGCGGGCGGCUGCGGACCGCCCACGCCACUGCGCGGGAAGCCUUCCUGGCGGCGGAGACCGCCUUCAUGGAGCCCAGCCUGCUCGCCUUGCUGUACUUCCCGGAUGAUCAGAAAUACGCAAUCUACAUCCCCCUGUUCCUGCCCAUCAUGUUCCCGGUCGUGCUGUCCCUGAAGAACUUGGCGCUGUGGCUGCGCGGGAAGCCCGUGCAUAAGGAGAAGACUGAA